AUGAACAGAUUCUUGAACAAAGGAACCAUUGCCACGUUGCAGCAAUUCAGAAUGGCUUCGAAUCUUCUCAUCAACGACUCUAAGUACGCCUUCCUCAAGGAGCUUGGACUGAAGGAGAACAACGCGGGAGUGUUCCAUGGAAAAUGGGCAGCCAAUGGACAAACUGUGCAAUCGUUUGCUCCAGCCACCAACUCUCCUAUUGCCAAUGUGCAAAAUGGAAAUGUGCAAGACUACGAGAUCGCCAUCACGGAAGCUCGCAAGGCUUACAACGACUGGUGUGAGGUUCCAGCUCCGCGUCGUGGAGAGAUCGUCCGCCAAAUUGGAGACAAGCUCCGCACUCAACUCCAAAAUCUGGGAAAGCUAGUUUCUCUUGAAAUGGGAAAAAUCUCUGCUGAAGGAGUCGGAGAGGUUCAAGAAUACGUUGACAUUUGUGACUACGCCACCGGAUUGUCGAGAUCUCUCGAAGGAAAGAUCUUCCCUUCUGAACGUCCAGGACACGCUCUUCUCGAACAAUGGAAUCCACUGGGAGUCGUCGGAGUCAUCUCUGCAUUCAAUUUCCCAUGUGCCGUCUACGGAUGGAACAAUGCUUUGGCACUUGUUACUGGAAACGCUUGCAUCUGGAAACCAGCUCCAUCCACUCCAUUAACUGCUAUUGCUGUCACAAAACUUGUUGAGGAAGUUCUAGUCGCCAACAACGUCAACCCUGCUCUUUGCUCUCUUGUAUGCGGAGAAGGAGACGUUGGACAGGCUCUUGUGAAAGAUAAGAGAGUCAACCUCGUCUCAUUCACUGGAUCCUCUGAAAUCGGAAAGAUUGUUGGUCAACAAGUCCAAGCCCGCUUUGGAAAGCUUCUUCUUGAACUUGGAGGAAACAAUGCCAUCAUUGUUAACGAGGACGCCGACUUGAACAUGGUCGUUCCAGCCACAGUAUUCGCUGCCGUUGGAACUGCUGGACAAAGAUGCACCACAACCAGAAGACUGAUUAUUCACGAGAAGGUUUACGAUCAAGUUGUCGAAAGACUGAAGAAGGCUUACGCUCAAUUCGAAUCUAGAAUCGGAUGCCCAUUGGACUCGAACACCAUCAUUGGUCCACUUCACAACCAACAAGCUGUUGGAAAGUACAAGGCUUCGAUCGCAGAAGCAAUUGCUUCUGGUGGAAAGGUUGAAUAUGGAGGAAAGGUUUUGGAAAGAGAUGGAAACUUUGUUCUUCCAACUAUUGUCACUGGAUUGAAACACGAUUCACCAGUGGUCCUUCGAGAGACUUUUGCUCCGAUUCUCUAUGUUUUGAAGUUCUCAACUCUCGAUGAGGCUAUUGCUAUCAACAACGAGGUCGACCAAGGAUUGAGUUCAUCCCUCUUCACCACUAAUAUUCAAAACGUUUUCAAGUGGAUGGGACCAAAGGGAAGUGAUUGUGGAAUCGUCAAUGUCAACAUUCCAACAUCUGGAGCCGAAAUCGGAGGAGCGUUCGGAGGAGAGAAGAGACCGGCGGUGGUCGUGAAUCUGGAUCCGACUCGUGGAGACAAUAUAUGA